CGGGAGCGGCUCCUGGCGUACUUGGAGAAGCAGGCGCUCGAGCACAAAGACAGGGAGGACUAUGUGCCUUUUACAAGAGAAAAGAAAGGAUCUGUAAGAGUAACUGAGAUAAGGAUAUUGCAACGUACUGAAUGCAGAAGGUACCCCUAGCAGCAGGUAUGGUGCCUUAUGGUUCAGAUAGGUGGUUCUCUACAGUCAGCUUACAUAUACAUGCACACAGCACAAGUAUUUGUUUGGGUAGAUAAAAUCUGUGAGAAUCGUGUAGAAAAACAGAAGGGACCAGCUGUAACGUACAUCUUGGUUAAGAAAGAUCAAAUGUCAUUUCCUCUAUGUAAUAAAGUAUUACUAAACAGCAGUGUGUCUGCAUGUUGCAAUGAGUCAUACCAGUUUAGUUAGUAAAAUUUCCUGUAUCUCUUGGAAAAAAAAAAAAAAUUUGCUGUUUAAUAACUUUUUCCACCAUUUAUUUUAAUCCCAUAGAAGAAGAGAAAAUAAUAUGAAACAUGGAAUGGAGCUUACUUUCAUUAAAACUAAAAAUGUGGAAACAAAUGUUUUGUGUGGAAAUUCAUGCUCUGGUAAAUAGGCAGGAGGCAAGAAGGCCAAGCUCAUUUUGUAGUAGGUGAGGGAUAAUGUUUCCUUUUCCCCGCAUGGAAAUAUUAUGGUUCAGCUGUGACUUGCUGCCAUGUUUGUAUCAUUUUGCACAAAAAUGGCAAAUCUAUGUAACUUAAUCUUUUAAAUCAAGAAAUCAUUAUAUUUAUCUAGAUUUAGAACUUGGAAAGGGCAUGAAGUAAAACUUAAUGCAUGUGUAGGGUUUUUUUUUUUUUAGAGGGAGCUUGUAUUUUAAUGUGCUUUUCUUUAAUACUAAAAGAAAAAAAAUAACAAACAACUAGGCUGGAUAAUAAUUUUUCUCUUUGGCUAGAACAAUGUAUUAUGGAAAAACGCUAAAAACACUGUAGAAUAGGGGCAGGUGAAAAUCUUGCCUGAUUCUUCUGUUAAUUCAGAAGAAAACUGACAAAUGCAACCUUCACUUCCAGAGGUUUUGGGAGGAGAGAGAUGGAUUUGAACUGCAGGUAUUUUCUUGGUGCCAUUUUUUGGGUCAGGAUUUGCUAAAACAUUUCUGUGUGCCUGGCUGGUCUUGUUGCUCUAACUUGGCCUAAUUAUUCAUUUCAUGGAGUAAGAAGGGGCAAAUCUAUCCUUCUCUCUCCCUAUUCUAUUUUAGUAGAACUGAUGUCCUGCAUGGUGAUUUGACCAGCAGAUUUAUCCAAGAAGCUUAUCCUGGGUUAAUUUUAGCCAUCCUGGCUUGCUGCUGAUCCUGGUAACCUUGUUUUCCUACUACAGUGUAAAGGAAAAUCCUCUCUUCCAGGUGUCCCAAGUACCUCAUUUUGGGGUAAGCAUGUUAUUAAAACACUGUUGCAUCUCUUUCAGUGAUAGAGGAUGUGAUUUCUCCCAAGUCUUUGGAACCUCUCUUUCAUUUUGUGCUAUGAAAUGUAGAAGAUCUGAAAUAAUGUAAAGUGUCCUCCUGUAGUGAGAUGAACAGUGCUAAAGUAAUGUGAAGUUUAACAAUCCCUAAAUGAUAUCCUAUUCCAUUUUUCCAGUGCCUGAUUUUGUUUCUAAAAGCAUCAGUAAAAAUUUACUUUGUUUUUAAACAUGAUUUAACGAUUUAAGUCACAUUCUGUUCCAAUUAAGUGUUGAACCAUACAGUAAAGCAUUGUUCGACAGAUUCAUGAGAGCAAUGUGGUAAUAAUUGCAACAAAACUAGCUUUGUCUUAAUCUGUGCAUGGAAGUAUGUCAUAAAGAUUUUACAAGGCAUACUGCAAGCAGAAGGAUCUCUCAUGCAAACAGUGAAGGCUUUAGUGCUGGAGACUGUUGCCCCUAAAAGCCUUCCACUCGUCUGACCAAUGCUCCCCACUUCUCUGGGAACAGCAAAACAACUGAAUUAUUGCACCUGAGAUAAAAACAUAUCUAAGAUCAGUAAUGUACUUUGUGCUGUAUAAUGGAAGGCAUUAGCAAAGUAUUAUGUAAACUAAACUUUGCAUUUCUAGCCUUUGCACUUUCCUAAUUGUAGCCUAUUCUUCCAACUUUCCCGUUUCAUUCCUGCCGGGAAUGUUUGUUCUGGGUAAAUUUGCGGGAUUCGAUGAUCUCAGAGGUUUUUUUCCAACCUAGCUGAUUCUGUGAUUCUCUGAUUCUACUUUAAUGCUUGGGGCUUGUUGAAGUUUGAGGGGUUUGUUUGUUUGUUUGUUGUUUUGUUUUGAUUUGUCUGUAUCACCCAGAAAGUGUUGUUAGCCUCAAACUGUGGCUGACUAGGGCUCUUUUGUUGUCACCCUGCUCAGUUUGUUGCUCAGGAUCACCUCUGCCUUCAGCUGCAGCAGGAUUUGGGAUGCUGUGUUCUCUGUUUGCCAUUGAAUCCCUGCUCUUUAAAGAAGUGUGUUACAUGUUGUGAAGUGAAGCUAAUAUCCUGUAGGAGCUUUGCAGAAAGAGCUUGUGGGAUUGACAUUCUCCAUACAAGAGCACUAGAACAAAGUAACAUAUGAUACUCCAGCCUUAAUGUAAAACAGUUUUCUAACUCACUGCUCUGUGGUCUGUAAUCAGAUAAUGAAUAACAGUUCUGUUUCUGCAGUAAGAUACUGAGGAAGUCACUUGUAUGUUGAAUUUAAAAAAAUUAGUAUUAAAUUGUGCUCACAAGUGAAUUGAUGAACUUAAGUCUCUCACAUAGUGAGAACUGGAGAUGGAUGAAGUGUGGAUUAUACAGAUUUCUGAACUGAGGAGACUUUAAGGAACAUAAGAUGUAAGGAAUAUAUCAGAUGUUACUUUUCUUCAUGAAGCCACUGAUGAGAAAAACUUGUAUUCAGUUGUCCUGAGGUAACACUUGAUUCAUUUCCACAAAUGGAGUACUGUAAAAGAGGAUUUUAGACUUUCUUCUGCUGUGUAAAGUGUGGCUGCUUGCUGGAAUGGGGGAAGGACUGUGGGAUGUGUGAGAAUAUAUACCAGCAAUAUGCAGUGGUGGCCCCAUUGAACAGCCCUGAUUUCUGCAACAUGUUGAGCCCCACCUUGGAUACUGUGAGUCUGUGUAUGAAAUGUCCAGGGCACUUCAACAAACAGCAUCCAGUGUUCCUGCCUUUUGAGCAAUACAGUUGUGUGGAACUUGGGACUGCAAAUUUAUUCUGUAGCAGAUAAAGCCUGUGACUUAAUCCUGGGAUGUGCACAUCUAACAUUUUAGCUUAAAGGCAUAGAAGACCUGAAUAUAUAAUUAUUACAAAAAUGAUGUGAACAUCCCUGAAAUUUGCCUCUUUGUGUUGUAUUGCUUAAUCUUUGCAAUAUCCUUGUCGGCUGAGAAGGAGGAUGUCAUGUUCCUUCAUGUAAUCAAAUCCCUGCUAUUUGGAAAUGUUCCACUUGAGGGCCAGGAAAGCUGUACAUCUCAUGGGCUGCACAGAUGUGUAGUGGUUUCUGGUUUUUUUUUUUAUUUAAAGCUUGCAUUAGUGAGGGAGGAAGGGAAUUGCCAAACUAUCUUGGCAGCAGGCCUUGAGUUAGAUCAUUGUCCCCAGAGACACAGGGGUCUUAUCCCUUUUGAAGGAAGUUCAUUACUAGAAGUGGGGAGUGGGGAAGGACCUGCUUUUGUGUGUGCAUUGUAAACCUCUGAAUUCUGGGCUAGGAUGACAUGAAGCCAAUGAAUGAGAGAUUAUGUACACAAGGGUGUGACCUGUUUUAUAACAAAAACUGCUCCUGACUCAGUUCAUAUGACUGGAGUUGGCUGCAGUGAACAUUUCUGGAGGGCAGUGGCUUUUAACAUUUUUGCUUUAUUAAAAACUGAAUAUACUACUCACUCUCUUCAGGUUUUCUUAAGAGUCAGGCACAAAUGUAUAAAUUUAGUCUUACUCUUAGAAAGCAAAUGUUUAGAACCAGACGAUCCUAACCUAUGAAUUUAAGAAUUACUUAAAAGCAACAUCAGGAAAAGUAACUCUUUUUUUGUAAGUACUGUGUGAUGAAGCAGACAGAAAGCUGAUCUAGGUUGAAAUACAUUUUUGCAAAAUUGCUUUUAAAUGAGAUUGAUUUCCUUCUGCUCUCUGCCUGCUCCACUGAUGCUGCAGAGAGGAUGGCUGUUUCAUGGGUUAACGAAAACCUUGUCAAACAUUCUUGAUCUCUUCUGAAAAUUACAAUUAAAGUUGAAAGUUAUUUUCUCCUCAAUAGGUGAUGCUGGUAAAAUAAAAUGGUAGAAACAUACCAUAUCAAUUAUAUUAAAAUAACCUGCAACAUCUACUACCUAAGCCUUUACUUUAUGAAAGUUUUCUUUUAAUCCUGAAUCACCACAGUUUCUUUUGCACUGUCCAUCAGAGCUGAGAUAUGGGUGGUAAUACAUGUCAGCUGCAUUCAGCUACUGUUUGAAGUCAUUACAGUUAUGUAAGGAGUUUUAUUUUCUGCUUCUAAAUAUGGAUAAUGACCAUUUAUACAAGUUUCCAAAGAGAUAGCAACCCAGGAACAAAAAUACUGUGUUGCUAGCAACAGAUCUUGAUCAUCAGACUGUGUUGUCAGAGAAAAACCUGAUGUACUUCUCUGUAAUCUGUGCUAGAGGUAAGGCAUUAACUUCCUUUAAAAAGAAAAUGAACCACAACUACUUUACUCUAGGAUGGGAACUUGAAGAGAGAGAGGAGAUGGACAGGUUUUGUGAUGCCUGUGUCUAAUGUGAGACACAGGACCUGGCUUCAGCAUUGCUUCCCACCAGUGGUGAAACCAAAAUCCCCCUUCAUUUCCCCUAAAUAAAACUGAAACAUCCCUAUAAAGCUUUGUGUCACUGGGAGGUAUUCAAAAAUGCUAAACUUAGUCUUAGCCCAAGCACGUAACAAGAUAAACUUGUGAGCAGUACGAGGGGAAAAAAAUCUUAAGUCUCUGGCUUCUGCCCAGGAGGUCUGUAAUUGUGUAAUUGGGAUGAGCUAGGGUGGUUCCUGUGUGGAAAUAUUGUAUAACUAUGGAUAUGGAGGAGGGUGGGUUCCUGAAUUAGAACUGAGACUUCAUAGGAAGACUAUCAACACCACUUCCUACCCCAGGAAAUAACAAAAGGAAGUGGAACACCUUUCCCACAGCUCUUUCUGCUGAUAGCUGAGGCAACUUGGAAAGUCUGAAAAACUUUAAUAAUUGUUAAGAUUUGAUUCACGGUUGUCUAGUUGUGAAUUACUUCUAUCAAAUGUGUCAGUACCAGAGCUUUUACUUACCAUGUUAAUUUGCCCAGAACCUAAGCACACCUUACCUCUCCUGGGCUCUUACCCAGUGGUAGAUUUCUGUGUUCUGAAAGGCCAAUUCUAAACCAUUCACAGCUGAACUGUUAGAAUAUCUUGCUUGUAUUCUGAUUUCCUACCCUAACUUUUCAGCUGAAGAUAUAUGCAGGAAUUAUGAUAACUACACAGACCUCUACUUAAAAUGCAUGUCUUCUAAAAUAACUUUUCUUAUUACUUCCUGUAAUAACUAAAAAGUUGGUGGUAUUACUGUUGCUUCUUUUGCCACUGAAUCUUCCACGGCCUUUCUAAGUAUCAUUUCAGGAAACAAUGUCAUUGCCAGAGAAAUCUGUUAUAUUGUUUUGUGCUAUUCACAAACCAUGGUUUUCUCAAGCAUCUUGGGCAUCUCUUUUUUUACUUCAGAACUGAGUUCACAUCUGAAAUUAGAAAUUAUCAUGUAUGCUGUAAAAACUGCACUGAAUACGCAGGUCUGUGAUUUCAGGUAAUUCUUUGAUAUACUCUCUCAUUCAGGUUAAAGUUCUGCCUGGGUCCCUUCCUCCUUUGAGACAAUACUGGUCAUUGUUCUCUAGUGAUACUAAAUCUUUUUAGACACUUUUUCUAGACUGUUUAAAAGGUAUAAUGGAGGCUUAUAUGUUACUUUUGAAUCCUUAGGAGAAUUAAAUAAGAUUGGAGUCAUGAUACAGAUUCCUGAAAAUUUAUUCUCUUUAUGCUCUUUCCUCAUCUCUGACUUGCAAAAACAGAAGAAACCUCAUUCCUUUUUGCUGUCUGUAGUACUCUUCUCAGGAUUUACUAAAUAUAAUAUGUAUUCUUUAGAUACAGAACAAUUUAAAAAUAAGUACAUAACACAAAGUAACAUCAGACUUUUCAUUUUGUUUACUCCAGGGAAAAUAUUUAUCCCCAAGCAAAAGCCUGUACAGUCUUUUGCAGAAGAAAAAUUCUCUCUUGAUCCAGAACUGGAGGAAGCCUUGACCAGUGCCACAGACACAGAAUUAGGUGACCUUGCAGCUAUACUGGGAAUGUCCAACUUGAUAACAAACAAUCAGUUCUGUGAUGUAGUAGGAAGCAGUAAUGGGAUUGACAAAGACAGCUUCUCAAAUAUAGUAAAAGGUGAAAAAAUGUUGCCUGUUUUCGAUGAACCACCAAAUCCCACAAAUGUGGAGGAGACGCUGCAAAGGAUUAAAGAUAAUGAUUCUCGUCUAGUUGAAGUUAAUUUAAAUAACAUUAAGAACAUACCAAUUCCAACGCUGAAAGAAUUUGCAAAAGCCUUAGAAACCAACACACAUGUGAAGAAUUUUAGCCUGGCAGCCACCCGAAGCAAUGAUCCUGUUGCUGUUGCUCUUGCAGAUAUGUUGAGAGUAAACACAAAAUUGAAAAGUUUAAACAUAGAAUCAAACUUCAUCACUGGAGUUGGAAUUCUGGCACUAGUUGAUGCACUGAAAGACAAUGAAACGUUGACAGAGAUCAAAAUUGAUAAUCAGAGGCAGCAGCUGGGCACACUUGCAGAAGUAGAAAUUGCCAAAAUGCUUGAAGAAAAUACCAAGAUCCUCAAAUUCGGAUACCAUUUCACACAACAGGGACCUCGAGCCAGGGCAGCUGCAGCUAUCACAAAAAAUAAUGAUUUGGUUCGCAAGAGAAGGGUUGAAGGAGACAAUUAGCAAUGCUGCUGUCAAAACCCGGUGGAGUCAUCACGGUCAGCACCGUGGGCUUUGGCAAUCUGGGACUACAUUGACCUGGCUUAGAAGGGAAAAGACUGGAAACCCCAUUCCUUUAAAAGCAAAGCUAUAUAAUCUGCUGGUAUGCAUCACGUUUUUCAUGGAGACACAGUAACUGCACCAGUCUCUGUACCAUGGUUUUUGACUGGGUUUUUUUUUAAGAACUUUUUUUGUAUUUCAAGACUUCGGCUGAGCUUUCUACUUAAAAUAUAAUUGCAAAUCAAUGGUAUAAUUGUCUGUAGUCAAAGAAUGGGACAUAUAAGGUCAUUGAGAAGAUAAUGACCCAAUUAAAAUGUUUGUUAGAAAAUCCGGGGGUGCUUAUUUACGUGGAGGGGUGUGUCUAUUCCUGAAAACAAUGGGUUAGUGAUAAGGGAUUCUUCACCCAACAGCUGGACUCAUUGUGUAGAGCUGUUCAGCUUUGUUCAUAUGCACUGAAAUCUUUCACAGCAAUGUUAUUUGUAAUUCUACUGUUUUAUUUUUUAUUAGUUCUUGAUACUGUGAGUAAGUUUAAAGACAUCCCUUUAAGGCAAACCAAAAUAAAUGGGCUAAGGACUUCUCCCAAGAGAUUAGAGGGACUCAUACAAAAGACUUGCAAAAAAAAAAAAUUAGGAGCCUUGCAAAAUGACAGGUUUUUUUAUUACACCUAAAUCCUUUAAGUAUUUUUCAAAAGUGUGUCUUGCUCUGUAUCUAAACUGGAUAUAUUUUUAGACUGAUUUCAUGUGUUCAUCAACAUUAUUUAGUUUAUAUUCUUUGUUUAAAAAUCUUUAUCUACAUUCACAAGUAUCAAUUUCUCUAGAAGUAGUGGACAUGCAUAUUUUAAAUUCUGCAUAACUGUACAGGAAGAGCAACCUUAAGUGUAAAACCACUGACCUAAAUUGCUGGCAAAUGAAAAAUCCUUUAUUUGAAGCUGUUGUAUUAAGCUAUUUGUACUUCAUAUAAAUCUAUCAUUUUUUUAAUACUGAAGUAACACUUUUCAGAAAGGAUUUUUCUAUUUUACUUAUGUCUCGAUGUUGGAACACUACCUAAGACAUGCAAAAAUUAAUCAAUCUGUAGUGUCAGAUCUGUAUGAUGUAGUAAUUAUUAAAGUAUUUAAAGUUGUUUAAGCGAACUAAUAAGGCAACAAGAAUCACUUCAACUUCUGCACAUAACCACAAUACACUUCUUUGAAAUAAUAUAAAAACCUAGAGGCUUUUUGGUUAGGUCUGCUUGGACUGCCCUGUACUAGUUUGCUUUGAGGUCACAAAAAUGUUCUAAAGGACUGCUUGGCUAUAUUUAUAGCAACAGAGAAUUCAACUGACAACUCUUUUCAUUCAGAGAUCUUAAUGUGGUGAGAUCUUAUGUAUAGAAAACAUAUUUAUGUGGAGGGGCCUGAGAUGUUUGCAUCAGUUUGUAUAUACCAUAAGAACCUAACAGAGCAAGUCUCUGACACUGUGCCCACGUUGUAAUUUGCUGCAAAUCUUGUUUUGGAUCUUUAAAGACAGACUUUAUUCCAGAGGUGACUUCGAAUUUUACUGCAACAGUGAAUAUUAAACUAUAGUGCCUUCAAUGAGGAUGCAUAUAAUUGGUUUAUACGUGUGGAAGAACUUUUUUUUUCCUAUUUCAAAAUCAGCCUUUUAUUAGAAUUACAAAUAAAUAUGUGCUCUUCAAAACAACUUGGAAUUAAUUCUGUUAAAACCAAAGACUAUACUUACUAUAACCUUGAAAAAACUAGGAGUGAUCUGAUGAGUAACAAAAAGGGCUUCUUUUGGGUUUAGCUUUCGUAAAUUUCCAAGAACUUGAUAGAUUUUGAAAUUUAAGUUCCUAUACAGUGUGCAUAAAGUCACAUUUAAGUGUCUUUUUUUACAGAUAGUGCUGUAUAAAGAUGGCCAAAGCAUGUCAUGUGCUGAGUUGCCUAAAGCUGUACUUUACUUUUUAUUUGCUAGGCACCGUAAUCAUUUUGUGUCAAAAAACAGGCUGUGAUGUCUUCCUUCAUUUGUUGAAGGGCUGCCAUAUUCAGAGAAUCUGUUCACGUAUUGUGAUUCUAUGAUGACUUAUUUUAUCAUUAUCUAACAAGAUUAGACAGUUAUCUCCUACUUGAAAAUUAAGGACAAAAUUGAAAGGCUGGAUUAUGGAAAUGAUGGCCCAAAUCCCUUCCUUACUUUUGUUAAAUCAAGUUUAGCUGUUUAAUUAUUUACAUCCUAAUCAAAGGCAGGGGCUUUUAAGCUGCAGCUCUCAGGUGUCCUGUCACCAGCGAUAGUAAUGGACCUUAAUAAUUGGUUUAACUCUGUAGACAGCAGGUAAGAAUUUGACUUUGUCAGCACUUUAAGGACAGGUAUCUGACAGACUGGGCAUAGAAAACUUUGUUGUUUUGGCAUGGUGCAUGGAACAAUUAACAACAAUCACUUUUGUGCCUGCAAUGUGUGUCCUGUUUGGAAUAAAUGAGGGAAUUCAGUCUGUAGCCAGGAAUCGUACACGGUCUCAACAAACCAAGUGGACGCUCUGAUGUCGUGCUGUAGGUGUGGUGAGAUCCUGUGUAUGACUUCAUUGAUUCUGCGUGAAAGAGUGGUAUUGCUUUGAUAACCACUUACCAGAGACACAAGGUCUUUUUUCUGAGAUGAUAUUUUUUUCAUAUGGAUUGUUUUUCAGCCUCAAUGAAGAAGUCAAAUGACUGCAUAUAUUGAUUCUGUUGGUUCCCAGCUAAGCAUGGAAACAUAGCCUAUAAUUCAAAGCAAUUAUCUAUUACUGUUGUAUUUUAAAGAAAUAGCCUCAUUCUCUCUACAGCUUGAGUAAUCUUGUGUUUGUAAGCUACAAACAAGCAAGUGUUCAAUUUAAAUUUCCAUUGAGGAAACAUGCAUUGAGUUUUUUAGCCUAUCAGCACUAUAUGCUGUCAGAUUGUAAACCAGUAAACGCUGUGGAUGAUUAAAGUACUGUAUUCUUGUUGUGGU